UUUCACUAGUCUAUAUAAAUUGCUUAAAUUUCAGAAAAGACGUUAUUAAAAAAUAUGUCCACAUAACUAAAAUAAAGAGUUUAAAUGGUACCCGCAAUAACUAUCCUUAUUUAAAUAUGAGGUGUUACACCAUAUUUUUUGUAAAUAGUUUUUAAAUUAUUAACUAUUAAAUUGACAUGGAACAUUAAUCAACUUCAUAAAGAUUCAAACAAAUUGUGAUAUAAGUUAAAGAACCUAAAUCGGAAAGUGUCUUGGUUUUAAAGUAGUUGAGGGAAAAGGAGAGCACUGAAUAAAUUGGCUUUAACUCUGAAAUUAACAGCAGUCAAACACAAAUACAAACACAAACACAAACACAUGAGACGACUCCACAAAUGGACGUUGUAGCUCCACGUAAAACACUAACAAAUACGACUUUCAAAGUUCCAUUCCCUCCCUCCCAACAUUUAUCUUCUCUCUUUUGCUUUUCUCCAUUCUUCUGCAUAAUACUCUCUUUCUCGAGCUACACCUUACACCUAUUACUUUUCUUUUGUCAACAACAACAUUAAUAUAUUCCAACUCCCAAAGAUAUGAAAGAUCAACAGACAGAAGGGUACUGCAAGGAAGCGGCGGCCGGUGAUUAUAAUUCCUCAAAGCGUGACUCUGAUUAUAUACUUCCCCAUCUUCUCAACUUAUAUGCGUCACGUGCCACAAGGCAAGAUUUUGAGAUAUAUGCUCCAAAUGCAACGUUUGAAGAUCCCCUUAUGCGUGCACACGGGAUAAAACAGAUAAAGUCGUCGUUUUAUUCGCUUAACAAGGUCUUCAGUGAAUCAAGAAUCGUGGAAUACAGCAUUACAGAGAAAGAAAUAUCUCCAGGAAAUCAUGAGAUUUUAAUUGACACAAAACAAUAUUACAAAUUCUUGGGGAAAGACAUUCAUAUGAUAUCGCUGAUCAAGUUGUACACCGAAGGAGGAAAGGUUAUUCGUCAUGAAGAUUGUUGGGAUAAGAAACCUUUACGGAAUAAGGACACAGUCAAGGUACCACUCGUUGGGCGUAUGUUGGAGACAUCUCGCAGAGCUUCAAUGCUUUUAACUCAUGCUCUAAUGGGGUUUGGAAAAGACCCCUCCAUGUAAAUUGCUGCGAACUCUAGCUGCAGCUUUAUAAUUAUGUAACAUUAGAUAUAUGUUAUCUUGAGAAUAUGUAAGAUAAUUAUUCAUGUUGAUCCGUUUGGGCUCUGUUGCUAUUUAGGUUGAACCACAAUUGUUUUGUAUUAUAUUGAAAACCUCUUGUGAUGUGAUUCUGAUGUAGAUAUUCUCCUUUUUGUGA